UCAGUGGACUGUGGAGCGGUUUUAUUUAUUGACUAUUUUGAAAUUUAAAGUAUUUUGUUAUAUUUACAUUAACAAAAAAUUAAGAUGAGUGGAAAAUACAUAUUGCAGUCUAUUUUUCACAACUUCCCACACAAAUAUUUAGUCAGACAAAAUGCAUGUAUUUGCAAUCGAUUUAAAAACAUAACGAAAGGAUCUUUAAGGUUAUUUUCUACAACAAAUACAAUUAUCGAGAAGAAACACUGUAAUAUAGGUACAAUAGGGCAUGUAGAUCAUGGUAAAACGACGCUUACAGCUGCUAUUACAAAAGUAUUAUCGAAAGACGGUAUGGCCAAAUAUGUUUCUUAUGAUGAAAUAGAUAAAGCUCCAGAAGAAAAAGCUAGAGGUAUCACAAUAAAUGCAGCACAUGUAGGAUACUCUACAAAAAACCGUCACUAUGCACACACUGACUGUCCAGGACAUGCUGAUUAUAUACGUAACAUGAUAUCAGGUGCGUCUCAAAUGGAUGCAGCUAUUUUAGUGGUAGCUGCUGAUGAUGGGCCCAUGCCACAGACCAGGGAGCAUCUGCUUUUAGCCAAGCAAGUCGGGAUACAGUACAUUGUGAUUUAUAUCAAUAAGGUGGACCUUGUUGAUAAUGAGGUAAUGGAACUGGUUGAAUUAGAAAUGAGAGAAAUGUUGACAGAUUUUGGUUUUAAUGGUGCUGUGUCACCAGUGGUACAUGGUUCCGCUUUGAAAGCCUUGAAGGAUGACAAUUCUGAAAUAGGAGUACCGUCAAUAUUGAAACUGAUGGACGCCAUAGACAAUUACGUACCAAAGAUAGUCAGGGACCUAGAGUCGCCGUUUCUUAUGCCGAUAGACAACGCGUUCACUGUGCCGGGGAGGGGCACUGUGGUAGUUGGCACCAUAAAGAGGGGAGUGAUGAAAAGGAACGAUGAUGCAGAGUUGAUGGGAUUUGGUUAUAAUGUGAAGACUACACUAUCUGAUAUGCAGAUCUUUAGAAAUUCUGUACAAGAGGCAAUCGCUGGUGACAACGUCGGUGUAUUACUGCGCGGUCUUAAACUCCGUUCAGUUCAGACUGGAAUGCUGCUCUGUCGGGCUGGAAGCGAAAAGUUGAGCAACCAUUUCAAAUCGAAGAUAUACUUCUUAUCGAGAAGCGAGGGCGGAAGGAAGAAGCCGGUUAUCUCGAAGUACGCGCAGCAAAUGUAUAGCGGUACUUGGAAUAUUGCUUGCAGGAUUGAUUUAGAGCCCACAAUGGAAAUGCUGAUGCCGGGCGACCACGCAGAAGUGUACCUGACACUUCUAGAAGGAAUGGUCAUGACAGUCGGCCAGCCGUACACCAUCCGAGAGAACAAAGUCACCGUAGCAACUGGUAUCAUCACGGAGACAUUACCUUCUGUUGAUGUUCCCAGAGGAAAAUUAGGGAGAGCCGAAAUUAAUGUUGGCAGUUAAAAGCUGGCCAGCUGCGAUUCGGACGCGCACGAAUUUUAUUCUACCAUCGUGUAAGAUAAUUAUUAUAAAAUUAAAUCGACUUAACGCACUGUCACAUAUUAUGUUAUCUAGCCCUCACUAAUAUACAGUAAAACAAUUUGUUAUUUUUAAAGUGAAACCCGUCAUGUCUGGGUUAAAUUAUAAUAAAAAUUAAUUUGUGAACGAUGCGGAACUCGAACCCGCGACCUCUUGGGUUCCGUCCGAGCGCUCUUACGAGCUGAGCCAACCGUUCGAGUGGCGCAUGGUUCGUAAAUCUUGGUAUGUCGUAUUCAACUCUUUAGGUUGUAGCUCGAACAGAACCCAAGAGAUCGCUGGUUCGAGUCCCGCAUGGUUCAUAAAUUUUAGUUACAAAGAUCAAUGGCGAAGUUUCAUACUACAAAAUAUUUGAAAUUGAAUGGUAGCAUUUCAAGAACUGACGUGUACUAAUUAAUUAUCUAUAAUUUUCUGCAUCUACUGACAUUAUUCAUUUUUAAUUUGGAACCGGGAUAAUGGAGAAAUAAAUGAUUAUUUUGUUUGAGUUUUUAGGUUAGGUUUUUAUUUUUAUUACUUUACCGUUCUAACUAUAUAAUACUUAUCUAUUAUAUUCCAACUAACAUGUUCCAACAACAAUAACACUGAAUAACACCAAUUCCAAAAAUCUUUAAGGAUAGGAACUGGUAACCAUAGCAACUGGCAAAUAGUUAAUAAAUACCUACCUAAUUACUAACGUUUACGGUACUACUGUCUACAGUCAACAACUCUUGAGUAUUAUAUUAUGAUAAAAUGGAAACUUGUUACUUGAUGCAAUGGAAAUAACAGUUUAUUUGCAACAAACCAGAGUUGGUUGUCCAUAGCUUUAUAAGUAAUUUUAUAACAGGGAAGUCAAAUGCGCAAUCCAUAGUUGUAGGUACUUCUAAAGUGUGCCUAGCCUACGCCCGAAUUUAAGGCUCGGGUUGACUUUUAAACUAAGUACUUCCAUUUUUAUAAUCUUAAAAAUCUGGUAAAAUAAGUACCUAGUUUUCUAAUGUCUUUUUCUCAAUCCAAGACCUUAUUUUGUAGAAGUAGGUAGCAGUAAAUUAAACAAGCAAAAUAUUUUAUUUUGUUUAUUGUUAUAUAAACAGCGUACGUUAGACCAAAUCGUGGGGCAUAUCAUAGUCCGGUAAUGGAGAGCAGAAGUAGUUCAGAAUGAGGUUCAGAGUUUAAAACGAGAGAAAGAUAUUAUUCAAGUCCAAAACCAAGCCAGUUAAAAUAGAAACUACUUAUAAAAAUAAAGAAAGCACAAAAUAACACAACAGCGGUAACUAUAAUUGAUAGGUAUUAUUAGCAUUAGGUAGAUCAUAGGUGAAAGGUAUAGAAAUUAGAAACUCAUUGAUCACUCGCUCAUCGCUGUCAGUCAUAUUGACAGCUUUCCUUGAUCUAACCUAAAAUGGAUGUGAUUUCAUAGUCGUGACAGCAUAUAAUGUGAAAAUGAAAUAAAUAUUUUAUUUAUUUCCCCGGUUCCCUUUGCAAUACAAUUUUAUCUAACAAGUCAAUUUAUCUACGAAGUUUUUUUGUAACUAUCCUAACCUUAGAUGGUUAUUCCUAUAGUCAGGUAAAAUUUCGCCAUUGUUCUUUAAAUUGUAUUUCAUACAGUUAUAAUGAGAGCCGCCCCUACCCUAUCGAUUUGCAUACCGGUACUCUUAUUUAGGCAUGUCACACACGAAAUCAGUUGAACGUUUUGCACAACUCUAUUUUAUAUAUUAUAUUCCUACUAAUGACCUAAUGAAAUUAUUAAGUCAAAUUAGUACUCACUUGCGUACCAACUGUGCUGUAAAUCGCUAUGCGUGCACAUCUUGUAGAAUAUUUUUGUGACAGGGUUGUAGAAGUGAAGCGGUAGAACAAUAGAGUUGAACCACAAGUUGUAUUUAUUUAUUACACAUAACUUAAACUUUGGAAAAAAUAAACAUCCUCGACUCGGAAACAAACAUUGCUUGAAACAGCUCGGAUUUCUCAUUACUAACCACUGGGGCUAAGGUCGUCAAAUGAUAUUCCACUAUUCUUUCAAUUAUCACGUAGGUAUACUAACUAAACUUGACGUGUGACGUGCCUAAGUUGAAAGUAUUUUUUACCCAUAUACUUAGUAUUGUAGCGUAACAGACAAACACUACUCAUUACAGCGUGACUAAAUUUAAAAUGUUAAUGUGUGCUCGUUUUACAGUAGUGUUAGUUAGUUAGUGAAAUGUGUAGUAGUUUAUAGUAACACAAUCGAAUGCAGAGCACGACACUAUUAUAUUUUUUAAUGAAUAUCCGUUAAACAGAACAAUACUGAUAAAAACACAAACUAAAACGCGGUGCAAUUUGACAGGAGACUAAUGGACAUUAAAUUGUUUCAAAACGGUUUCAUGGUCUUCAUCUAUUCUGUAUCUUUCUCACACCUAGGUUUUUAUGUAAGGAUAGUUAUCUCACUUCCACACAGGGUUUGUUUAUUACGGUAGUAUACUAAGUUUAUGUUUUUAUCUACACCCAUGCUUUAAAUCCUCUAUUAAAGAUUCUGAAACAGUUAGCUUAUUGCCAACAUCAACAACACCCAAUGUUCUAAUAACCAUUUCAUCUUCCAAACGAGUGUUGUAAUGUUGUACUGAAUUUCAUAACAACCCUCUUUUUUUUUUCAAUCCCUUCAUGCUCAAAGAGUUUAAACAGACAGCCACAUUCUUAUUGCUCUAUGCGUGGUAUCUGUAUGAAUUUCAAAAAAAGAACAUUUUCGUUUACUCGCGUUCCACAUUACCAGAACGUCGAAUUAUUGCACUAUAAAUAAAAACUACUACUAAAAUAAAUAAUUCUUUCAUUAAUAAGUACUUGGUUUAUUUGUAGUAAUGGAUGAUAUUAGGCUUCUACUAGGACUGGCUGUUUUAAUGUUAGCAGCAAGCUAACUGUUUCAGAAUCUUUUAGAGGAUUCAUAUUCUGGGUGUAGAUAAAGUCUUGUAUGCAACUGUUGAUAAUUAGGUAUUAAAACACUCAUGUAAUACUAUUAAAUAUAUAUAAAUCCACAUUCGUGUUUUAAUACUCCUUAUUACACAACUGUUGCAUAAAUAACUAUUACGCCUCAUAGCUAAGUUUAAUUAUUAUCAUGUGAACUUGACACAAUAUAAGAUUUGUAUUUUGCCCGAGUUAUAAUAAUAUAAUCCUGUAAUGCUAAUUACUACAUGCCAUAAUAAACAUAAUAGUGGGUUAGCGUUUUUGUUGAUUAAAUAGCUUGUAAAAAAACUAUCGUAGAAAUUGAUUAGGUCGGUAUUAUAACAUAUAUGUAAAUAGUAAAAACAAUAUACUGUUAAUAGUC